AUGGUAUCUCGACGACACCUGUCUUGGAGCCUCCCAGCGUCCAUGAUCUUCCGAGCACCUAUCCGCCGAUUGAGAACGGUGCUGGUUGUCUCUCUCGUGUGGUUCAUCUUCAAGUUCUUGGCCCCUUUUGCCCCUAUCUUUAAGGCAAAUUCUAGGGUCUGUGCAACGGGACAGAGUGUCUGGGAUUAUGAGGCCCAGUGCGGUUCAGAUCAGCUACGCGACAGGCUCCCGAGAGGCUGUAGCUCAUCCAAAGUCGCACUCAUGAUCGAGCCUCGCCCGAUCCCGCAUCUUGCUCCGCUCAUAAUUCACAUGAUCUCGGUGGCCCCUCUCGACUGGUGUUUCCUCUUCAUCGGCACCAACGAAUCCGUCAUGCACGUCAACCAAAGCCGCGCCGUGAAAUACCAACAAGAUACUGGAAAGCUGGUUCUUACCGUGCUCCCGGAACCUUGGGAGGCCAGUGGCCAGGAGAAGAUCGCUCGUGUGCUCACCGACAUCCGCUUCUAUGACGAGUUUCUCCCAGACGUGCAGUGGGUUCUUAAGUACGGAUACGACACCAUCCUAUGCGCGAACUCGGAGAAGAGUGUGGACGACUGGAUGGAAUGGGACUGGGCUGGCACGGGCGGACUCACGCUCCGACGGGUGUCGACCGUAAGGCAAUUUCUCCGGAACUUCACGCGAACCAACGACAGCAUUCCCGAGGGCGAGUGGUUUGGAUCGGGCCUCCCCAUCAUGCCCGGCGCGAGGGUCGCCCCCGAAAUCCAGACACAGGCCGCUGCCGAGAACACAGGCAACAUCGCUAGGCUCCAGAUUGGCUACGACCGCCACCAACUCUCUGGCCCGGCCUGGGGAGAUGCUGCGAAGAGGAGGGAGAUACUGGACUACUGCCCAGAGCUUAGUCUCAUCAUGGACAUGAAGCUUGAGGUGGAGCGCAAAUCUUCACGGCCAGAGGUGUCGUCUCGUACCUUAACAUUCGCUUUAUCUAAAGGGUUAGGUUAUAUCAUCGACACAAUGCGCUGGUGGGACGCUCUGAUAUUGGCCGCUUGGGCGAGCCAGACAGCUGCGCAUGCGGUCCCAAACGAUCCUCACCAUAGCUUGCCGAAGCUUGCUGGGGCUCGAAGAUUCUUGUCCGAAUUCAGGGGAAAAAAGAGAUGGGAGAGUCAGUCAGAAGCUUCAUGGGGGAUAGGUCGGGUGGAUAAUCACGUCGAAAAGGAAGCCGAGGAAAGCGAUAAACUUGAUAAACGCCAGAACACAAGUGGGAAGUGUGGUCAAGGUCGUACCAAAUGUGCAGAGGGCUACUGUUGCUCGGCUGAAGGAUGGUGUGGACAAGGGACAGACUACUGUACUGCACCGGACUGCCAGAUCAACUACGGUCCUGCAUGCGAUGGUAACCAGGAACCUGAGGGUGAGGAUACAUCCAGCAUCGCGCGUCCAAAACUGGGCAGCGUACGUUACGGCGGCGUUGGCAUCUACGACUGCGUCAACAAAGGUGAUAUCGCCAUAACCUUCGAUGAUGGUCCGUGGGAGUAUACCAACGACCUUCUUGACACAUUUGCCAAAUACGAGGCAAAGGCCACCUUUUUCAUCACCGGUAACAACUUGGGCAAGGGAAAGAUCAAUGACCCAGAACUCCCCUGGGGAACCGUUAUUCAACGAAUGGCUGCCGAAGGUCAUCAAAUCGCAAGCCACACGUGGUCACAUGAGAAUUACAGUCAACUUACAACAGCGCAGUUUAAGAAUCAAAUAGUAUGGAAUGAGAUUGCCCUGAAUGAUAUUCUCGGCUACUUUCCGACGUACAUGCGACCCCCUUAUUCUAUAUGCCCAGCUGCGUGUCAGACACAGCUAGCUAAUCUUGGAUAUCAUGUUGUCUACUUUGACCUUGACACUGAGGGAUAUCUGCACGACGACGCGAAUGAGAUCCAGACAAGCAAGGAUAUAUGGGACGAUGCGGUCGUUGGAUCCAGUCCAUGCGAGGAUAGUUACCUUGAGAUCGAGCAUGACAUACACUAUCAGACCGUUUAUAACCUUACAGAGUAUAUCCUAGACUCGCUAUUCAGCAACGGUUACAGAUCCGUUACGGUAGGGCAAUGCUUGGGCGAUCCCGCCGAGAACUGGUACCGUGCCGGCACGGGCGAAGUCCCCAAGUACGACUUCACAACUCGUGCUCCUACCGGGACCUGGGCCUGUUUAGACCCUACUCCCACCUCUACCAAGGCACCUCAGCCGACCAAAACAUUGCAAGUCAGCUCCGACGGCCAGUGUGGAGGAGAGGUAACUUGCGCGGGAUCUCAAUUCGGAAACUGCUGCUCUACUAAUGGCUGGUGCGGUGGCUCGAUCGACUACUGCGGUUCAAACUGCCAGCCUGAGUUUGGCAAAUGCUCAGAGCCAGACUCGGGCGUGCCAACCGAUCUUCCACUCCCCACCGCUCCGGGUAGCGGCAUUCCCGAUGAUCCGCUGCCAUCCAGCACCACAACGGCCCCUGCACCGACUGGCACGCUCCCUGUAUCGACCGAGGGAGAGUGCGGCAACGGCGUGACCUGCGAAGGCUCGGAAUAUGGAAACUGUUGCUCUGCGGGGACUCCUCCCAUUAACUCUUUCGGGUUCGGUAGACAUGGAUACUGUGGCGCAACGACGGACUACUGCGGCGAGGGCUGCCAGCCAGAUUUCGGCUCAGGGUGCCAGGCUGGCAACCCUCCUCCACCUUCAUCCUCGCCUCCUGUCACUACACCACCAACGAAGACAACAUCGAAGACAACAAGUACAACGAAGACGAGCACAUCAAAAACGAGCACCCCGACAAAGACGAGCACGACGAAAACAAGCACAACAAAGAAAUCCACCUCCACGUCCCAUUCUACAAGCCACUCCACUAGCCACUCCACAUCGCACUCCAAGACAUCGACCAAGGACAACGACGACGACGACGACGACCGACAAGCUAAGGCAACACCAACACCAACACCGAAUGCCACUGCCAUGAGCUGA